AUGGAUACCCAAAGCCGUAUAAUCAGUGCGGUCUUAUAUCUCGCUGUGGCAUCUCAGCUAGUCAUGGUAUCUUCCGUGCUCACAGAUGAUGAAACAAAGCUACUGUUUGCGGUACAUAAUAAAGUCCGCAGUGAUGUUUGGAUUUCAGCUGCAGAUAUGCAACUUAUGAAGUACUCCCCAGAAUUGCAGAAACGGGCUGAGGCAUGGGCGAAUUUAAAUUUCAACUUCAUCCACCCGAAUGCAACAGAAUAUGCGGAUGUGGGUGUUGGACUUGGUUACACUUACGAUACGACCAGUGGUACAGAGGAGGCCCUGGGUGAAAUUAUGAACCAAAUGGUAGCACCAGGAGACACAUACGACUUUGAAUCAAACAAAUGUGACAAGGAUUGUCAGUACUAUAUGCAGAUUAUUUCAGCUUCAGUAAGAAGUUUCGGCUGCACGCUGCGUGUUUACAACGCGGAAGAAGAAUAUAAGUCCUAUCGCCUUGUUUGUCUCUAUUCUCCAAGGUACGUCUGUCAAGCAAAUUUAAGAAAUGUAACUGCCUCGGAUUUAAGCUACCACACGCAAACAUUAAUCGAAGUCUUUAAACAAGAAACACAAGCGUAUUUAUUCUGUUUAAAAAACAGACAGGGCUGA